GGUGUUUAGCGAGGUAGCGCUAGGCUGUGCUGGUGCUGUCACUGUGCAAGCAGCAGCUAAAAAGAUGCAAACAGCUAGGGCUGUGCACAAUUUAGAGGUGCCUGGAAGCUAACGUUAGUAACCUUAUAUGUUUAACGUUAAUUCAGAGGGGGAAGCCUGUGUUUCUGUACGACACUGACGCUAGCAGAAAUGGCCGGAAUUAUUAAAAAGCAAAUUUUGAAACAUUUGUCAAGGUUCACCAAGAAUCUGUCCCCGGACAAGAUCAAUGUGAGUACGUUGAAGGGGGAGGGGCAGCUGUCCAACCUCGAGCUUGAUGAAGAGGUUCUGCAGAACAUGCUGGACCUUCCUACCUGGCUGGCUGUCACCCGGGUCUACUGCAACAAAGCUGCCAUCAGGAUACAAUGGACAAAGUUGAAAACAAGCCCCAUCUGUCUGUUCUUGGAUAAGGUAGAGGUAGAAAUGAGGACAUGUGAGGAGCCACGUCCACCUAAUGGCCCCUCUCCUAUAGCUAUUACAGCAGGCCAGAGCGAGUACGGCUUUGCAGAGAAAGUGGUGGAGGGCAUGUCUGUUAGGAUCAACUCCAUAACCAUCAAGGUGCAGGCACGUGCCUUCCACGCCUCUUUCGAGCUCUGGCAGUUACAAGGCAACAGCCUCAACCCCAAAUGGCAACGCACUGACCUCCGCUACACUCGUGUCCCCGACCCAAAGAGAGGAGAGGUGUUGACAUUCAAAGAAAUAAACUGGCAGAGUCUACGAAUCGAGGCAGAUGCCAUGGAGAGUGACGACCAGGACCUCAGUAGCACCCCAUUACGUCUAAUCACCAACCAGGGUCGCAUUCGCAUCGCUCUAAAACGCAGAAUAAAGGACUGUAAUGUGCUGGCGUCCAAGCUGCUUUUCAUUCUGGAUGACCUGUUGUGGGUGCUGACGGACUCUCAGCUCAAAGCCAUCAUACAUUACGCCAAAUCUCUCAGCGAGGCCAUGGAGAAGUCUGCCCAGCAGAGGAAGAGCAGUACUGCUGAAUCCCUACAGACUGCUCCUCCAUCGCCUGGCCUCCACAACCUUUGGACAGAGCCCCCACCUGCCCCCAUUGGCACCCCCAGCAACGCCAGUCAAUACUUUGAUCUCUAUGAUGUCAAGGAGUCUUCUUACCACACCUUCAUAUCCCGGUUGGACUUACACAUAUGCAAUGACAAUUCUUCAAUGGAUGAAGAUGAGGCUCCCCCACCAGGCUUGCAAGGUGCCAUGCAGUUGACAUUCAGGAAGCUGGGUUUUGACUACUAUCCUGUCCACAGGCCUGCUGAUGGAUGUCGACACUGGGAACGCCACAGUGGAGCCAUGGAGGCUCAGGCCCAGUGGGCUGGGAAACUGCUGCAGGAGUACCAGAGGAGAGUAGAGGCUUCUGGGUUUCCUGGACCACAUACUGAGGGGCCCCCGCCAACCAAGGACUCUACUGCAAAGCCAAUGCAAGAUGGACAGUCUAGUCCCAAGUCCAGCCCCUCUGACACAGAGCAGGCAUCCAGCAGGAACUCUGUCACAGCUCCUUCACGGUCAUCACUGAAGAGGCUGCGGUCUAGCUGUGUGGUGGUCAGGAUGGAUGAUGUGGACAUUCACCAGGUGUCUACCAGAGGCCGUCAAAACAAGAAGACCCGCUCUUUAAUAUCCUGCAACCGUAAAGCUCUGCGUUUGCCAGACAACGUACCAGCAGUUCAUCUGCAGUUCACCGAAUACUACUUUCCUGACAACCCCAGUUUUUCAGUGCCCACCUCAAACCUGUAUGGCCAGCUGAAUGGCCUCCAGCUCUGUGUAGACCCAGCCAGCGUGCUGUGGGUCAAUCUGUUUUCCCGGGGUUUGCUGCACACCCUGGACCAGGUCAAAGCUUUCUACCAUUUGCAAGACAGCAGCAGGGCUGAAGAGCAUGUGGACAUCCGCAUGGAUGCAGCUCAGCUCAAGUUAAUAAUCCCCUUGGAUUUUUCCAUAUUGGACCAUCCGGAACGUCCACAGUCGCUCUCUGUUACUGUGCCCCAGAUGGUUCUCAGCAACACCCGCCUCUGCCCUCAUGGGUCCAGAGCUGACCUCAGUAGCACCAUUGACAAGUUCGCCAGCUGCCCUUUCUUCCAGCACACACCUCCAUGCCCCUACCCCAGAGACCAGAGUGCCUUCCACCCCAUCCCCUCCACCUUCCUCCAGCACUCUCAAGAGACAGCGCCCCAAUCUUUGGACAGAAAGCAGCUCCGAUCACAGGAUGUCUGGUCUCUCAGUCUGUCCCGUGCGACCCUAGGUUUUGAUGGAGCUCGGCGAUUCCCCAAAAGCAGAACCCAACCUUUUGUUGAGCCCUUUGCGAUGUCUGUGUGGAUGUGUCAGCCCUCUGCCUUUAAAAAUGGAUCAUCGUCUUCCUCCUCUAGUCCCAGCGGAGCCCGCCAGCCUUCUUCAGAGCAGGACGAGGCUUUGCUUGCCUCUAUCCACUUCUUGGCUCACACCAUCACUCCAGUGAAGCUGUGGCUCAACCACUACCAGUAUGUUGCCCUGCUGAGGAUGAAGGAUGCCAUGGCUCGGUUGGGGGCAGAGUUGGGCAGGGAUCUACGAGAUGUUAAGCAGGCUCACGGCCAGAAGACAAAACCUGCUACAGUUAGCCUUGCCCUUCUGGUGGACUCUGCAGAACUGGGUCUCCUGUUGCCACCAGUGUGCACAGAUCCUGAGGAAGAAAUUCCCCACACCCCAGAGACAGACAGCCCCAGCAUAACAGACUCUGACAUCUCCCCGACUCAUCACUCGGCAGUUCUGGAGAACAGUGAGUUAGAAAAUGGCAUCUCCUCCACCAAUACUGUCAAUGUGUUUGGUCAGGAUGAACAAGAUGGGGUGGUGGAGGAGGCAUGUGAGGCUGUGGAGGAGGGGUUGGAGGGGGAUGGUUUGACAACACAGGAGGACACAUCUGUCCUCUCCCCUCCACUCUCACCUGGACACUCCCCUGCCCUCUCCCGCAAACCAUCCAACUUUAGCCUGGAGGGAGAGCUGUCAAGCGCCAUCACUGUCACCAAGGAUGUGACCAAAGAUGCCAUUAGUGCCUCGCUGGACCUGACCAAAGGGGCGUUUUCAAUAACAAAGGAUGCCUUUAGCAUGCUGAGUCGUGGCUCAGGGAUGAGCAAAUUGUUUAGUCCGCAGGCAAAGGAACAGGUCCAGCGUUCAGAAGAGUCCUCCCCCUCUCUGGCUGCCAGCCUGCGCCACCAAUCCAUGAAGCAGUCGCCUUCCCAGCAUUCCUUUGAUAGUGCUAUCUUGGAUGGCAGCCUGCCUGAUGAAUAUCUCUCUGUGGACAGUGAUGUCAGCGACAAUUUUGUUGUUCUCAUGGACUCAGAAUCAGGUAUGGAGUCCAUGCGCCCCAACAACACUCCUGCAGGCAGUCGAGGCAGCCCGGCCCCAGGGACAGAGGGAGGUUCAUUAGCGGACCUCAGCAGCUCUCUGUCCCAAAGCAUUGAGGACGUAUCUCAGGAUAUGUCCUCGGUGUUGCUGCUGAUCCUGAGUGGAACAGCUUGUACCGUGGAAGUAAAGGGAGAAGACCAAGUUGUGGCGGUAGAAGCCCAGAAUCUGAGCCCUGUGCAGCUGGGCAAUAUCAGGGUGUCAGAUUUGCUGGCUGGCCUCAUACAAGCCCCAGUCGGACCAGUCCAGAAGCAAGGGACCAGGGGCUCUCCAGUAGUGUGCAUGCGAGCAGAAACGGGUCCCUCUGCAGUCAGACACUCUGCUCUAGCUGAGUCUUUGGGCUUCCUGGAUAUGAGAGUGCAAGACUGCAAGGCGGAGUUGUUAGCCUCCACAGUGGCUAACAUUGGUCCGUUUCUGGAAGACGAGUUCAGCACGGACGGUCAGCCAAUGAAGUUACACAUGAGCAACAUCAGCAUCAUUAUGAAGGAUGACAGCCCUAAAAUCUACCCUACAGCCCCUCAAUCUGUCCCAGCCUCAUUCAUUGUAGAUCAGCUGCUCCUCGAGCGCUGUGACGAUGGCAUCGUGAGGCUCAAAGCUGAAGGUACAGACCCUAAAGCCUCGGCAGGUGUUCCUGUGGCUGGUCCGAACAACCCAAACCAUCCCUGCUCUGUUCAACAGCAGAGCCAGAGACAAACCUCGGAGUCCCAGCUCUCUGACGCCCUGGCUGCUCUCACCCAGGCCCUCAGUGACAGAGAACGCCUCCUCCUGGAAGUCAGGAAGCAUGACCCCACGUUUACUCUCUGAGCCUUAUCUGUCUUUCACCUCUGAACCUACAGCAUCACUGCUCCUGCUGAGGAACCGUGAUGGGAUGUAUCAGGCUGAAUGUCAGGAACCAGCAACACUCAAUAAAAGCAUGUCUGGACUUUG